GAGAUACUCGUCAUCCGAACAAUACCAGCCCAUUCGACACUCUCAACGACACGAAUCCCAGCGACGAUGAGGCAAGGCUGCAGGCCAGCAGCAAAGGACCUUGAAUUUCAUCUCACUCUUCCUCCUCCCCCCUUCCAAAAAUCCGCUUAGAUCCAAUCCGAGCCAACCACCCCGGUCGUGAGUCGUGACCACCACCAACCAUGCCGGGCGACACGGCGCCGCACGUCGUGGAGGACUUCUUCGGCGUCAUCCGGCUCCUCAGCGACGGCUCCGUCGUGCGCGCCGACCAGGCCGUGCUCAUGCGGGCGGAGCCGCCGUUCCUGGACGUCCCCGGCGUCCAGUGGAAGGACGCCGUGUACGACGCGGCGCGCGGCCUCAAGGUCCGCUUGUACAGGCCGUCGCCGUCGUCCGUGGCCGCCGGCGAAGGGGGUAGUAUUAAUAAUAAGCUCCCGGUGCUGGUGCACUUCCACGGCGGCGGCUACUGCGUCGGCUCCUACGACCAGCUCGGGGGAGCCGACUACCUCCGCCGGCGCCUCGCCGCCGACCUCCCCGCCGUCGUCCUCUCCGUCCAGUACCGCCUCGCCCCCGAGCACCGCCUCCCGGCGGCGAUCGAGGACGGCGCGGCGUUCCUCGCCUGGCUGCGAGCGCAGGCGGCGCUCGGCGCGGGCGCCGAGCCGUGGCUCGCGGAGUCGGCCGACUUCGCCUGGACGUUCCUGUCCGGCGUCUCGGCCGGCGCCAACCUGGCCCACCACCUCGCGGUCCGGGCCGGCUCGGGCCAAGUCGCGCUCGCCCCGGUGCGCCUCGCCGGGUGCGCCCUCCUGUCCGCGUUCUUCGGCGGCGUCGAGCGCACGGCGGCGGAGUCGGAUCCCCCGGACGGCGUGUCCCUGACGGUCGAGAUGGCCGAUCAGUUGUGGCGCAUGGCUCUGCCGGAGGGGGCUACCAGGGACCACCCACUGGCCAACGUAUUCGGACCGGACAGCCCCGACCUGGAGCCAGUGGCGCUGCCGCCGGUGCUCGUCGAGGCGCCCGAGGUCGACGUGCUCCGCGACCGCGUGCUGCUCUACGCGGCGAGGCUGAAGGAGAUGGGGAAGGCCGUGGAGCUCGCCGCGUUCAAGGGGGAGCAGCAUGGCUUCUCCGUCCUGCGGUGGGGUGAGGCGAACGAGGAGCUGAUCCGAAUCUUGAAGCGUUUUGUUGGCCAGAUGAAGUGAACUGGUGAUGAUGGUUAAGUUAGUGUUGGUCGCUCUACCGUUCUUGUUUGGUUUUACUCGUUAUUCACAAAUCAUGUUGUUGUUAUCGUUGUUGUGUUCCCCUAGUUGACAGUUGGCACGUCGACGAUCACAGAUUUGGGUUAAAGAUGAUGUGUGAUGGAAUGUUCUUAUGAAAAUGAGAAGAAAAUAUCAUGAUAGUUGAUAUUGGGA